AUGUGUUGUGGGUUGAGAAGAGAGAAUUAUCAUUCAUUCACGCGAUACAACAGCCCUAAUCUCUCUUCUCCUUCAUCGCGAUUUCUCACGAGCUCACCUGUGAAUCGAUUCCUUGAGGUUUUCCGGCGUGCCUCCAUUGACCGGUGCCUUCCUAGUCCGACGAGCUUUCUUCAAAGCAGUGAACACCAUGUUGUCACGACCAAUGGUGCGGCCAAAAUGAAGGAUGGCCAGCAAGAUGGACCAUCAUCUUCGUCCAUGAAACUUCAAACAGCUGUUCUUGGGGCCGAAAUGAUCGAAGUUGAGAAGGCGUAGUAAUAUUCGGACAAGGAGUGAUGCCUCUGCUGCUUCCAACGGGAUUCUCCCUUGUUGAAUCAUUAUUGUUUCCUUGGUGUCU